AUGGAAACAUUAUUAACAUCACUUAAUACAACAUCAAUUGGUUCUAAUAUUACAACAACAACAACAACAACAACAAUCACAACAACAAUCCCAACAACAACCACAACAACAACAACAAUCCCAACAACAUCAAAUAAUAAUGAUAAUAAAGAAGAAGAAAUUUUAAUACCAUCAUUAUUAUCAUCAGAAUUAAUUUCAAAUUCAAAGAAUUCAAUAAUUAAACAAUCAAAAGAAAAAGGUAGAUAUGUUGUAGCAAAAAGAGAUAUUAAAGCUGGUGAAAGUAUUGUAUUUAGAGAAGAACCAUAUGUAGUUUGUAUGAAUUAUAAAGAUCCAUAUGAAAGAAAGAUUUGUCAUCAUUGUUUUGGAUUAUCAUCAACUACAUCAAAAUCAAUGAUAACUACACCUGAUUUUACAUUACAUUGUGAAACUUGUAAUAUCGUUUGGUAUUGUUCAAACUAUUGUCAAUCAAAUGACCUUACCUAUCAUAAACAUGAAUGUUUUACCUAUAAAAGAAUGCAAUCAUCAUCACAAUUUGAUACAUCAUGUAAAACUUCAAUUAAAUUAUUACUAAAAUUAAUAAUUAAACAAUAUUUAGAAAUUAAAGAAUUAUCAAUUAAAAUAAAUAAUGAUUCUUCAUCACCAUCAUCAUCAGUUAAAUUUAAAGAUAUUUUAACAUUAGAAACUAAUUUAAAUAAAUUUUCAACACAAAGAAUUACAGAAUUUAGAAUGAUUUCAAAAUUUAUUGAAAAAACAAUGGAUAAAGAAUUUUUAAAAAUUAUAUGUCCAACUAAUAGGGAGGUUAUAGAAUUUCAAAAUAAUUUAAUAAAGUUAAUGUGUAUAUUAGAGUGUAAUUCCCAUGAUAUUUCAUUUACUAUUCCACAAUCAACCAAAUCAUCAUAUGAAUACUGUUCGAUUGGUAUUGGUCUUUUCUAUCAUUCAUCAAUGUUUAAUCAUAGUUGUAAUCCAAAUAUUUGUAAAGUGAUUGAAAGUAAACAACAUGCACAACCAAUUUCCAAUGAAAUGGUGGAAUAUUCAGGUAACUUUGCAACACAUUCAAUGAUUGCAAUUAAAGAUAUUAAAAAAGAUGAUGAAAUCUCUUUUAACUAUAUUCAAAUCACACUUUCAAAAGUUGAUAGAUUAAAAAAAUUAGAAUCUGCUUAUCAUUUUCAAUGUAAAUGUUCAAGUUGUAUUGGUGAUAUUAAUCAUAAACCAUCAAUUAAAUCUCAUUCACAAUUUAUUGAAAAAUAUAUUUGUAAAUCUAAAUCUGGAAAUUGUUCUGGAAUUUUAUUCCCGUUAAAUGAUAAUUUAAUUUGUAAUAUUUGUAGACCAAUAAUUUUAAAAUAA